AUGGCCAAGCUAUCAAACUCGUUAAAGGCCCUCAUCAACGCGCCGUCGGCGCGGCCAGGCCCAACGCCCGCGCCGGCAGCCAUGAGAGACGUGCUCGGCAGCAUCGCCAGCGACGCAGCGCAAAAGAAGAUUGGCACUCGGCCCUGGCUGGCUGUCUCCACGGCCGCCACCAUGACGCUCAACUCGCCCGACUCCUUGCCCAUGCUGCACGCCAUCGCCUCGUCGCAACGGGGCCAGAGCCCGGUCCAGACGGCAGAGUUCAUGCGCGAAGUCGGCCUCAAGUGCAUCAGCUUCAACGGCAUCCCCCGCACAAUCAACUGCCUCAACGCAUUCCACGCGUCGCUCCCCAAGAGCGUCGCGUCGCAGCUGUCGUCGUCGUCGUCGCGGGCGCCGACGCCCUCGGACCUGGGGGACGUGUCUGCGCGCGGCCGCCGGCUGUGGGACUCGAUAUACGCCCCGUUUGAGAAGAAGCUCGUCGACAAGCUGGCGCAGUCGCACCCGGACCUGCCGGUGCAUAUCCUCAACAGCCACUACGGCCCGCUGCUGUCGGACCCCGUGGAGAGGAACGGGCUGGCGAGCACGGGGCGCGUGUUGACGAGCGUCGUCGCCGUUGCGUGCUUGAGGGCGCAGACGGGCGUCGGCCCGCAGGUCCUGUCGCACGUGUUUGGGCUGAGGAAGGCGUGGGAGGACGGGAGCUGGCGCGAGGAGGGCGGCGAGAGCGAAGACGUGGUGGCCUGGCUGGUGGGCGAUGAAGGCCUGGAGUGGAUUCUGAGCACCGUCGAUCGGAUCGCCGAGGUUUUGGGGUCCAACUUUGCGCCUGCGAGGGCGGCCAAGUUGUAG